UAUCCAGCUUCAACUUCACAUCCAUAGCACAAGACGAGCCGUGAACAUGACCAUCAACACGCUCAGUCAGGAUGGAGUGCAACGACAACAAAUGCCCUGCCUGACCAAGAUGGAGCGGAUGAUAAUAUCCAUGCAGGACCCUGAUAUGGGCAUCAAGCUGCGCAACCAGCGUCUUCUUAUUACAGUCAUACCACACGCAAUGACUGGCACUGACAUUAUUGAAUGGCUGAUUAAGAAGUAUUCCAUCUCUGAUGAAGAGGCAUUGCACAUUGGACAAACCCUUGUGAAGUAUGGUUACAUCUACCCUUUAAAAGAGCCCAGAAACCUUACUCUGAAAUCUGAUGAUUCACCAUAUCGUUUUCAGACACCAUACUACUGGACAUCAACAUGCUGGCCUGCUUCAGAGCUAGACUAUGCAAUCUACUUGGCCAAGAAGAACAUUCGUAAACAAGGAGAACUGAUUGACUAUGAAAAGGAGUGCUAUAAUGCUUUACAUAAACGUAUCAACCACACCUGGGACUUUGUUGUGAUGCAGGCAAGAGAGCAGCUUAGGGCAUCAAAACAGCGUCGGAAAGCCGAUCGUAUAGUGUUGGAGUGUCAAGAACAAGCGUACUGGCUAGUGAACAGACCUCCUCCUGGAGUGCUGGACAUUCUAGAUCAUGGACCAGAGAGACGGACCAUGAACACAAGAGUACAACUGAAUGCAGAAUUCUACAAAAAAGAGAUUGAACACAACAGGAUAGGCCUGGGGAGAAACCGUGUCAAGUCCUCAAUUUGCCUCGAGAGUUUUGUUAAGUACUGUGAGCAGUACCAACCACAUGACCCUAUAAUGCAAGGAUGCCUUCCUAGCAACCCCUGGAUCACAGAUGAUGUCUUGUUUUGGAACAUGAACACCGACACGGUUGCUGUGCCGACUAAACUUCGUGUGGAGCGCUGGAGCUUUAGUUUCAUGGAGCUGCUGAACGAUCAGUUGGGCAGAAAAGAGCUUCUGAUUUAUCUGGAGAAAGAAUUCAGCGCGGAGAACUUGUGUUUCUGGCAGGCCUGUGAGGACGUACGUCACGGCGAGACCUCAAAAAUCCCUGAGAAAGUGGAAGAGGUUUACAAGCAGUUUCUGGCCCCUGGUGCAAGUCGCUGGGUGAAUAUUGACAGCAAGACUAUGGAAAAAACCCUGGAAGGACUCAAGAAUCCUCAUCGUUUUGUCCUGGACGAUGCUCAGAUGCACAUUUACUUCCUCAUGAAAAAGGAUUCAUACCCACGUUAUCUCAAGUCAGAGCUCUAUAAAAAUUUAUUAGCUCAAGCCAUAGUACCACAGGAGGCCAAGAAAAGUGUGUUCCCGUUCAUGCGUCGUCAGCGACACUCCAGUCCCUCCCCCGCGCUCAUCACCCACAACACAGAUGAUGAUGGGAAGGCCAAGAACUCUAACUCUAUCAAAAUCAAUUCUGGAACAGCAUCCCGACUUUAAACACGCAAUGUUUUUUUUUAAUAUUUCAUGUGACCUUAUCUUACCUAACACAGUUGCAAAUGUAGACAUCUGCAUUGUUUUUUAUUGCUCUCUACAAAAUAGAUAUUGUAGCUUUAAACUUAAGUUUAUUAUUUAUAGAGAAUGCUCCUCUAUUCAUAUUUCUCUGCUACACAGAAUUACAGAUUUCAUGCAUAAGAUACAAGACGUAGCAAUAGUGCCUUCAGGCACUAUAACCAUACUCAUUUUAAAAUGUUACAAGUCUGUAAUUUUUUUAGUGUUUCAAGUGUAAAGCCUGCUUUUCACAUUGUCUAGUCCUUUAAAUGUUUUUAUCUGUUUAUUUGAUAUUUUUUCCUGUCUGCUAAUAAUGCAUAAUUUUACUGUCUAUUUUCAUUUAUUAACAACGUCAUAUUUUAUGAGCACACUUAAGUGAAUACGUGAUGGGGAAUGAAACAGUUUGUAUUACAAGACAGUGUACUGUAAACCUAAUCUCUUGGAUUAAAGUAAAUUUCUAUUAACCAUAUAAAGGACUGUAUAUAGUCUUGAGGAAAGAAAUGUCAAAACGUAGCACCUGAACACAGUAGCAUUAAAGGAAUAUUUUGGGUUUAAUACAAGUUAAGCUCAAUCGACAGCAUUUGUGGCAUAAUGUUGAUUACCACAAAAAAUAAUUUAGACUCAUCCUUCCUUUUCUUUAAAAAAGCAAAAAUCGAGGUUACAGUGUGGCACUUACAAUGGAAGUGAAUGGGGCCAAUUUUUGGAGGGUUUAAAGGGUGAAAUGUGAAGCUUAUAAUUUUAUAAAAGCACUUACAUUAAUUCAUCUGUUAAAACGUAUGUAUUAUUUGACCUGUAAAAUUGUUUAAAUCGUCAUUUUUAAAAACAGUCGUUUAAGGGUUUGUUGACAUUACAUCAUCAUGACAACAAAGUUGUAAAAUUGGCUAUAAUUUUACACAGAAAAGGUAUAUUAGCGAUUUUAUCACACUAAAAUCAUGUUAAUACGCAUAUUGUUUAUGUCUAAUGUUUACAGAUUGGCCCCGUUCACUUCCAUUGUAUGUCAAAGGAACCCAGAUUUGUACAUUUUUUUACAAAAAAGGAGGGGCAAGUCAAAAUUUAUUUUUGUGGUAAUCAAAAUUAUGCCACAAAUGCUGUCAAUUGAGCUUAACUUCAAUUGAACCCGGAAUAUUCCUUUAAAGCAACAACCCCCUGAAAGGUUAGAUGAGGUCACUACUAGAAAAAAAAAAAUGGUCGCUUAAAGAGAUAAUUCAACCAAAAAUUAAAAUAUUCUCUCAUCAUUUACUUACCCUCAUGCCAUCCCAGAUAUUUAAGACUUUCUUUCUUCUA